AUGACAUUAGCUUGUUUAAAUUUGAUCAAUAUUGAAAGUCAAUAUACAUCUAUCGAUGUCAAACUUAUUAAAAAUAUGACUAAGUUUUAUUCAAAUAAAAUAGAUGUGAAUAACAACAAUUCCAUAACAAUUGAUUUGUACCAAAAAUUUUUUCAAUCUCAACUUGAAAAAGUAAUUGAAAACAUUUCAUAUCCAAUGAUUUUUUAUGAUGAACAAGAAGGAAUAUACAAAUAUAUUGAUAAAGUAAUUAGCUACCUUAAUGAAGAAGCCAAUUGUAUUGGACCAUAUUUAUCAAUAUUUGAAAAACAAUCAUUUAUCGAACAAAUAUUUAUUCGAGAUAGUCUAAGUAUUGUUAUUAAUAAGAUUGAAAUGAUACUAAAGAAACAACAAUAUGAAAAUUUAAUUCACUUGUUAGAACGGUUUAAUCAAAUGCCAAUGGUAAAGAAUCAACUGGCAAGUAUGUUCGAAAAUUUUAUAUAUCAAACUGGCAUUGAAGCAAUUGAACAUAUUAAACAAACAGCAAUUAAUAAUCCAAAAGUUUAUGUUGAAACAAUUGUUGGUAUUCAUGAAAAAUUCUGGAAUUUAGUCAACGAUGUUUUUCAAAAUAAACGAAAUUUUAAUGUUGCUCUUGGCAAAGCUUGUUGGAAAUUCAUUAAUCAAAAUUCAAUGAUAGAUGAUAAUAGAAUGAAAUCACCUGAAUUAUUAGCUAAAUAUUGUCAUAAACUUCUGACAAAACGUGAUAAAAUAAUCGACAAAAAUCAGUUUGAAGAGAAACUUAAACAAAUUAUACUGAUUUUCAAAUAUAUCGACGAUAAAGAUAUCUAUGAAAGUAUCUAUCGAAAAUUAUUAGUAAAACGAUUAAUCAAACGAUUAAGUAUUUCAACAGAUUAUGAAGAAUCAAUGAUUUCAUCAUUAAAAGAAGUAUGUGGUUCACAAUAUGUAUCAAAACUGAACCAAAUGCUAAACGAUGUUAGUAUUAAUAGAGUUUUAAAUGAUGAAUAUCGAGCAUAUUGUGAAAGUAAACAACUUGUAGUAGAGAAUUUUUCUAUAAUGGUGUUUACAAGUAAUUCAUGUCCAUUGUCAGCUUCUUCAAAUAUUGUUCUUCCAAAUGAAAUCCAAUUGAGAUAUGACAAUUUUACUCAAUUUUAUGCUCAACGUCAUAAUGGUCGAAAAUUGACCUGUCUUUAUGAGUAUUGUACAGGAGAAUUAGAGAUAAAUUUUAUUAAACAGAAAAAUUAUAUAAUAGAAGUAUCAAUGUAUCAAAUGGUUAUUCUUCUUAUUUUUAAUAAUUCAUUGGAAUGGACAAUUGAAGAAAUUCAUAAUAAAACAGGAAUGAAUAUUGACGUAUUGAUACUAGUAUUGAAUAGUUUAUUAAAAUCUCAUUUAUUAAUAUGUGCACAACUUAAUAAUAAAGAUUUAACAGAAACAAAUAUUGAUACAAAUUAUAAAAUACAAUUGGUUAAUAAUUAUCAAAGUGAUAAAAUUCAGGUGAAUUUAGAUAUUGAAGCUAAUCCUAAGGAGAUCACAACUCUUGGUAAUGUUCAAACAGUAAUUGAUGAUGAUCGAAAGAUGACUAUUGAGGUGACUAUAUAA